AUUUCCAGAUCAUUUCACAAAAUGCUGUUUGUCUGUUUCAUAAACUAUAAAGUGUAUUUGGUGUAAUCUAAGAUCCUGUGUUAGACUUGUCUUAAUAUCUAAAUAAUAAUAAUACUGCUUACAAAUUACAAAAUGGAAAACAGAAUAGUUUGUGUGCCGGGUCAACGGCUUUGUCGACUAGAUUCAACACACACGUUAGGUAAAGGGACAUACAAGAGACAAGAUUAUAUUUAUUCUAGUUUGGCUGGAAUCGUGAAUGUAGAUAAUACAAACAAUAAGAUAUCUGUAGUGGAAGUUUUAAGUAAAGAUCAGACUAUUGUUCCGGCACCUGGAGACAUUGUAACAGCAAUGGUUACUACAUUAAACCAAGAUAUGUGCAAGUGUCUUAUUACAAGCGUCUGUGGACACGAGUUGAAUGAAACGUAUAGAAGUAGCCUAAGAAGACAAGAUGUACGCAUGAAAGAAAUUGACAAAAUUGAUAUGUUACAGUGUUUUAGACCAGGAGAUAUAAUAUUGGCUAGAAUAUUGCCAAUGACUGAAGCUCAUACCUUUAAACUAACCACUGCUGAAAAUGAACUUGGUGUAGUUAUUGCGUGCAGUGAAUAUGGUCAUCCAAUGACCCCAAUCAGUUGGACUGAAAUGAAAUGUACAAAAACAAGUGCAGUAGAAUACCGAAAAGUAGCCAAAAUUGUUCAAGACAAUGCUGAUGAAAACACUUAAAGAUGUAAACAAUUUUUUCUUAAAUAUACACAUUUUUGUGUAUGGGCGAUUUGUUUUUUUUUUAAGGUUCAUAUUUUGUUGUAAAAUAAAACAAAACAACUUAAAAAGAGAAAAAUUAUAACAGUAUUUAUUAUAUUUUUAUUCCAACACUAUAAGAUGAAAUAAAAUAAAGAACCUAUGUCAAGA